CAGGAAUGACCCUAAGGAUGCGCUGGACUGGACAGGCGAAGGGGGUCCUGGGAAGUUGGGGGAUCAUCUGCUUGGUGAUCUCUCUGCUCCUCCAGCAGCCAGGAGUCCACAGCAAGUGCUACUUCCAAGCUCAAGCCCCCUGCCACUAUGAAGGGAAGUAUUUUACCCUGGGUGAAUCUUGGCUCCGCAAGGACUGUUUCCAUUGUACCUGUCUGCAUCCCGUCGGUGUGGGCUGCUGUGACACGUCCCAGCAUCCCAUCGACUUCCCCGCGGGCUGUGAGGUACGUCAGGAGGCAGGAACCUGCCAAUUCUCCCUGGUGCAAAAAUCUGACCCUCGGCUACCCUGCAAAGGGGGAGGGCCCGACCCAGAAUGGGGCUCAGCUAACACCCCUGCUCCUGGGGCUCCUGCUCCCCACUCCAGCUAAACUCAACUGAUCACCCUUCUGCUGACUGCCCACUGCUGCUGCCACUUCCAGGGAAACCACUAGCAGCUGCCAAUUUAUUCUGAAUAAAUAAAUUAAUGCUACA